AUGUUGUUACAACAAAGAUCUAGUCCACCUACCUCUUCAUCUUCGAUAAACUCUUCUGCUAAUUUAUCAAUAAAUAUUCAUGGUGGCAAUAAUGACAAUGAGUCGGCUGUAACGUUACUAACACAUAAUAGUAGUAAUAAUGAUUUGGAAAAUUCUUUUUCAACACAAGAAAACAUUCUAAAAGAUAAUGAUGAUAGUGAUAAACCAAAAACUUAUAAUUACAUUUUUAGUUGGGAAAAUAUUUUAAAAAAUCUUUCUUACAUAUUUACUUGGUAUUUUUUUUCUACUGCAUUAUCAUUCUAUAAUAAGAAUUUAAUGGGAAGAGAUAAUUUCAAUUUAAAUUUACCAUUACUUAUAAGUUCUAUACAUACUGGAGUGCAUUCUAUAAUAACUGUUGUUUUGAUGAAUAAUACUUUACCAUUUAUUUAUGAAAGAAAAAAUGUAAAAUCAAUAUCAAUUCGUAGUUAUGUUACUAGAGUUAUUCCCUGUGCUGUGGCUGCUGCAUUAGAAAUAUGUAUGGCUAAUGCAUCUCUUGUAUAUGUAACACUUAGUUUUUAUACCAUGGUAAAAUCAUCUACACCAAUUUGGAAUUCAACAGAAUUUUUUCCGGGGUAUAUACAAAUGAAAUUCAAUCAAGCAUAUACAUAUCUGAUACAGCAACUACCUCCCUCAUUAGUGGAAGAAGCAUGGAGACGCCUUACUACUCGAAAACGCAAUCCUUUUACACUACUAGAAGCAUGUGGUAUAGAUCCAGCUAUUGAAGAUUUUUUGCAACAUGAAAUUAUAGUUUAUAAUAGAAAAAAAGAACGCCAACGUCGAAUGCCUCCUUGUUUACCAUUAAACAUUCUAUGUAGUUUAUUUCCGCCCAAAAGACGAACAACUUCAGUAGAUUUUCCUGUAUUAGUUCGACCAGAGAUUAUAAGUGUGAAAGGCCAUUGGGGUGUGCUAUUUAAUGAGUUAAUCUUUCCGGAUUAA